GGGAAUAAUACAUUUGUGCAGCAAAAUGAUUAUGUGACUGACUUUUAAAAAAACAGUAUUCUGCCCCAUUGGAUACAUACACAUACCACAGGUAAAAUGAAAUAUACUUUUAAGUGCCCGUUUUGGUGCCACUGGCCAAAAUUAAUACUCUCCUUCCGUAUGUGAGGUGACUUGAGAUUUCUUUUUUGCUUUAAAUGCCUGCCUUCACGGUACGUGAAAGUGGGAGACUGGUUGGAAAGCUGGGGCUAAGGGGGCUGGGAGCGAGAUGGCUGUCUGUGAAUCAGAAAGCUGGAGGUGUGUGAGAAAAAUCCUCCUCCAGCCUCGGAGGGGGUGUCUCCCCUAAUACCAGCUCCCUCCCCCCGGGCUCGUGGGGCGGGUCUGGUUUGCUCAGUAGCGGCAGCGGCCGCAGCAGCAGCCCCGGGGCUGAGCGGCGGUGGCCUCCUGGCAGCGCAGGCAAGCGGCGGCUCCAAGAGCGCGAGGCCCUGGGGAGAUCCGGCCGAGGCUGCUGCCGGGAUGGAGGAAGCCUCCAGUGGAGCCGGAGCCACGGGGGACGAAUUUCCUCCCCAGCUCAGCUCCCCUACAGCUUGGCUAGGCCUGCUCCGAGCGCCUGCGAGGUGGAGGAGGCCUACGCCUCGGGCCUGGCAGCGGCAGCCGGCGAAAGAGGCGGACACAGCGGGGUAACCCGGGAACCGUAGCCGCUUUCGGAAACCUACGCUGCCACGGCCGCUCAUUGUCUCUCCCCUUCCACCCGGGGGGCAAACAGGAAGCGCGCCGCCUGGCACAGCGACGGACGAGCGCCUGGACCAAUGAGCAAAUCCGACGGAGAACACGGCGGCGAAUGAGGGCCAAGAAGAGGGGCGGGAGUUCCGGGCAGGCUGUCACCCUCUUCCCCCCUUUUGGGCUGGAGGCUCCACCUUUUGUGUUUCCCGCACAGUCAAUCAAAAUAGGAAAAAAAAAUCCCCGGACCGCUCCGGCCGUGUCCGCCGCCGCUUCCCGCAUCCUCUCCCGCCGCCGCCGCCUUCGCUCCUCACCAUGUGUAAGGCGGCGGGGAGCCCCGCCUGAGGUGCCCUAAACACACUAUGACCGCUCCCGAAAAGCCCGUGAAACAAGAGGAAAUGGCUGCCUUGGACGUGGACAGCGGCGGCGGCGGCGGUGGCGGCGGCGGCCACGGCGAGUAUCUGCAGCAGCAGCAACAGCACGGAAACGGCGCGGUGGCGGCGGCGGCGGCCCAGGACACUCAGCCGUCACCGCUCGCUCUGCUGGCCGCUACCUGCAGCAAGAUAGGGCCGCCAUCGCCGGGCGACGACGAGGAGGAGGCGGCCGCCGCAGCCGGGGCCCCCGCCGCCGCCGGAGCGACAGGUGAUUUGGCUUCUGCACAGUUAGGAGGAGCACCAAACCGAUGGGAGGUUUUGUCAGCCACACCUACAACUAUAAAAGAUGAAGCUGGUAAUCUAGUACAGAUUCCAAGUGCUGCUACUUCAAGUGGGCAGUAUGUUCUUCCCCUUCAGAAUUUGCAGAAUCAACAAAUAUUUUCCGUUGCACCUGGAUCAGAUUCAUCAAAUGGUACAGUGUCCAAUGUUCAAUAUCAAGUGAUACCACAGAUCCAGUCAACAGAUGGUCAGCAGGUUCAAAUUGGUUUCACAGGCUCUUCAGAUAAUGGGGGUAUAAAUCAAGAAAGCAGUCAAAUUCAGAUCAUUCCUGGCUCUAAUCAAACCUUACUUGCCUCUGGAACACCUCCUGCUAACAUCCAGAAUCUCAUACCACAGACUGGUCAAGUCCAGGUUCAGGGAGUUGCAAUUGGUGGUUCAUCUUUUCCUGGUCAAACCCAAGUAGUUGCUAAUGUGCCUCUUGGUCUGCCAGGAAAUAUUACGUUUGUACCAAUCAAUAGUGUCGAUCUAGAUUCUUUGGGACUCUCGGGCAGUUCUCAGACAAUGACUGCAGGCAUUAAUGCCGAUGGACAUUUGAUAAACACAGGACAAGCUAUGGAUAGUUCAGACAAUUCAGAAAGGACUGGUGAGCGGGUUUCUCCUGAUAUUAAUGAAACUAAUACUGAUACAGAUUUAUUUGUGCCAACAUCCUCUUCAUCACAGUUGCCUGUUACGAUAGAUAGUACAGGUAUAUUACAACAAAACACAAAUAGCUUGACUACAUCUAGUGGGCAAGUUCAUUCUUCAGAUCUUCAGGGAAAUUAUAUCCAGUCGCCUGUUUCUGAAGAGACACAGGCACAGAAUAUUCAGGUUUCUACAGCACAGCCUGUUGUACAGCAUCUACAACUUCAAGAGUCUCAGCAGCCAACCAGUCAAGCCCAAAUUGUGCAAGGUAUUACACCACAGACAAUCCAUGGUGUGCAAGCCAGUGGUCAAAAUAUAUCACAACAGGCUUUGCAAAAUCUUCAGUUGCAGCUGAAUCCUGGAACCUUUUUAAUUCAGGCACAGACAGUGACCCCUUCUGGACAGGUAACUUGGCAAACGUUUCAAGUACAAGGGGUCCAGAACUUGCAGAAUUUGCAAAUACAGAAUACUGCUGCCCAACAAAUAACUUUGACGCCUGUUCAAACACUCACACUUGGUCAAGUUGCGGCAGGUGGAGCCUUCACUUCAACUCCAGUUAGUCUAAGCACUGGUCAGUUGCCAAAUCUACAAACAGUUACAGUAAACUCUAUAGAUUCUACUGGUAUACAGCUACAUCCAGGAGAGAAUGCUGACAGUCCUGCAGCCUACGCUUGUUUCAACAACAGUAACCACUCAAAAAGACUUGAUAUUAGGAUCAAGGAAGAAGAACCUGAUCCUGAAGAGUGGCAGCUCAGUGGUGAUUCUACCUUGAAUACCAAUGACCUAACACACUUAAGAGUACAGGUGGUAGAUGAAGAAGGGGACCAACAACAUCAAGAAGGAAAAAGACUUCGGAGGGUGGCUUGCACCUGUCCCAACUGUAAAGAAGGUGGUGGAAGAGGUACCAAUCUUGGGAAAAAGAAGCAACACAUUUGUCACAUACCAGGAUGUGGUAAAGUCUAUGGGAAGACCUCACAUCUGAGAGCUCAUCUGCGUUGGCAUUCUGGAGAACGCCCUUUUGUUUGUAACUGGAUGUACUGUGGUAAAAGAUUUACUCGAAGUGAUGAAUUACAGAGGCACAGAAGAACACAUACAGGGGAGAAGAAAUUCGUUUGUCCAGAAUGUUCAAAACGCUUUAUGAGAAGUGACCAUCUUGCCAAACAUAUUAAAACACACCAGAAUAAAAAAGGUAUUCACUCUAGCAGUACAGUGCUGGCAUCUGUGGAAGCUGCGCGAGAUGAUACUUUGAUUACUGCAGGAGGAACAACGCUUAUCCUUGCAAAUAUUCAACAAGGUUCUGUUUCAGGGAUAGGAACUGUUAAUACUUCCGCCACCAGCAAUCAAGAUAUCCUUACCAACACUGAAAUACCUUUACAGCUUGUCACAGUUUCUGGAAAUGAGACAAUGGAGUAAAUAUUACACAAAUACUUAUUCAUUGUGGUUAUUUUUAUACAGUAGUGAGAAGAAUAUUGUUCCUAAGUUCUUAGAUAUCUUUUUAUUGAUGUGCAAAAAUUUUUGGAUUGACAGUAACUUGGUUAUACAUGACACUGAAAUGCCUUACUUUGUAUGAUAUUCCAUAGUAUAUUAAAAAUGGUAAAAUUGCAUGGGUUUUGUAGGUACUUUUGGAAUCUAGAAGAAAUGAAAUUUUACCAAGUUAUAUAAAGAGAAAAUUGAAUUUAACAAUGCGAAUGGUAGUCUAACCAAAUGCAUCAAUCCUGUGUGGUUUAGUGUAAAAAUGAGAACAUGUUGGUAUUUAUCUAUUGUAAGAUAAAAAAGCUGGUGGGUGAAAGAAAUCAUGUUAUGAUAAAAAAAUUUUGUAAUUUUCUUGAUGACUGGAAUUUUUAUUAUGCAUAACUGACAAAUCAAGUUUCCAAGCAAAUGUUACAUAGUGUAGGCUUUACUUAGCUUAUCAAUUUGUCAUUUUGAAGCUAAUUAUUUUAAUUAGGUUAACUAUGUACAAUAUUUUAAGCAUUACUCUUGUAAGAUUUUGAAAACUACAUUUUAACAUGGAACUCUAGGGAUAGUCACCUUUUAAAUCCUGUUGAAAAGCCAUGUUUAAGAUUUAAUUUGCCAAAAUAAUGUCUUGUUAAUAUUCUUUCAAUAACGAAGUUGGGCAAUAUAACCAAUGUUUGAAAAAGUUUAAAAUGUAUAAGUUGAGGCAUUUGGGUGGUAAGAGAAUGUUAUAGUGAAUUAUCCCUUUUCUUGACUAUUGGAGGACCAAAAAAAUAAGGUGUAUUGCGUCUUAGCAGUGAUUUUUAUCCAAUCUUGUUUCCAAAAACCAUAUGUCUCCCAGGGCCUUAAAAGCCAUCAUGUAAAUUACCAGUAAAGUAUAACAUAUGCAAACAUAACAAAAUCACUUCCAUAGUGACGAUACUCCAACCAUAUGGAUAUUAGUCAUAGAAAAACUAGAGGUUUUAUGGUAUUUUUUUAAGUCUUUUUUUUUUUGUCUAGGUAGUCAGUCUGCACUUAAAUAUCAAUCAUUUUCCUUUUUUGCUUCUUCCCUUAAAAUUUAUAUGUAUCCAGUACAUUUAAUUGAGAAACGUAUGUUUUUUAUUAUGCUGUAUUUUCUUUUUAUUUUUUAAUUAUUGUUUAUAUUUUCAAUUUAAAAAUGUACAAAAUAAAGUUACAUUGCUGGUCUUGUAAGAGCUAUACAAUUUUCCUAAAUGUAUACCUGUAACUGCAGCAGUUCACCUAUUUCAAAAAUUUGGAAUUGUGUUCAUUUGUUAUUCUUAAGACCACCUCAAAUUUAAAGGCUACCUUAUUGUACGUUUAAAGUGUAUUAUAACAGUGUGGUAGUUAAUAAAACACUAUUUUUUUUUUCUUUUGAGUUUGUUGUAUUCCUAUGCAUUAAAAAUAUUGCAGUGGUAUGGGGUAAGAGUUGGUGGUUUAUUUUUCUUCAGCUUGGCUUUUUAUUUUUAGAUUCUUGAUUUUAGACACUGAAUUGUAAACAGGCAUGUUUAUUUGAAGAAGAGAUAUAUGGAGACACUGGUCAUUUACUAAUUUUUUACUUAGAGUAAGUAAGAUUGAGCUUAUUAAAUACAGUUUUUGAAAAAAGUCUUAGUGUUAGCCCACAUUGAUUCAUAUUAGUUUUAUCAGUACUAUUUUGCAAAUUUUUUUUGUUUCCCGUUUUAAAGCAAUGCAGAAUAUUUUGAUUUAUCGAAAACCCGAAUUUACGUUUAAACUCCUGAAAAUGAUAAGACAAGCAUUGGUAACCAUGGCAGGAGUUACUUGAAAAAGUUGUGUUUUGAAUUUGCAUGUGUUUGAUCAUGAUAAAGACAGAGUAGGAAGAAAGUAAUGUGAUUGUGUAUUCUAGAUAUUUUAAAGUAAAAAUCAAAUUUAUUAACACAUGUAUACAGUGGGGGUAAAUAUGUCCAUUUUCUGUUUUCCAGGCCCAGUCUGACUCUGUCUGUAAUAGCUGAUUGCAUUGGAGAACUCUAGACACGCAUAAACAUGGACAGUUUUUCUAAAUGUGAGACUUAAGCUUAUGAUGUAAAAUAGGAAGCUCUACUUGGAAUAAUAUAAAUGAACCACUAGAAUUUACAAUUAUUUUGAAGUUACAGGGAUUAGAUUUUGAAUCUUUAAACUCCUUUAGGUAAUUUCUAGAAUUUUUAAAUUAAGAUUAAUGUGAAGAGAAUGAAGUGAGCAUCAGGUGGUUCUUUUGAGCAAACUGCCCAUUAAGUCAGAUUAAACCAUUUGAGUGAUAGUAGAGACGUUUUAAGUAAGUAAUACUGAAUUUUUACAGUAAGUUUAUGGUGUAUUUUGAAUCCAUAGGUAUCCAUGCAUAUGUUAUGAAUUCAUAGAGAAUGAAUGCAAUGAAGAAAAUAAGUAGUCUUGAAAAUUAUUUAAGUUUUUAGAUUUUUUUAGUGCCCACUAGGAAUAUAUUAGUGAACUUUGGAACUUUUACCAAAGUUAUGUAACCUCGGUGUAGAUAAUUUUAAAUAUUUCUAUUUUUAUAUUUUAAAAUGUUGAAUAUACUCUGGAAACAACAUUUGAAGAUUUGCUCUGAUGUCAACUUUUUCUGGUUAUAAAAUCUAUUAAUAUUGUAUAUGAGUAUAAUAUUUCUCAGGGUAGGUAUACUCUUAAUAGGUGUUAAUUUCUUUAUUUUUGUAAAGGCUAGAGUUAGUGCAUAUUGAAUAUAUUUAUGUACAAAUAGUUCCUAUUGUAACGUUUAGUGGACUCGAUUAUCUGUAUACCUCAAAUUUUAAUUUAAGAAAAUAAUCACUUGAAGAGCAUCUAAUUUUCUAUAGAUUGAGGCUUAAUUAUUGAAAAGUGACUCAACCAAAAAGCACAUAACCUUUUAAAGGAGCUACACCUACCACAGAAAGUCAAAUGCCCUGUAAAUAACUUUGGUCUUUCAAAAUAGUGGCAAUGCUUAAGAUACUUAAAAAUGCACAUAACAUAUAAUCUGAAAGCAUGUCAAACCUAUUUCAUAGAAAAUAGUUCUGAAACAGUAUUGUUCAUCAGAAAUUGCUGGGGAGCAUUUUAAAGAUUCCGUAGGCCUGGUAGCCGCCUCAGCUUACUAAAUCAACAUCUCUGGGGAUGGAGUGUAUAUGUAUUUUGAAACAGCUGCUCAAGUGGUUCUGUUAAACACUCCUGUGUUACAAUCACUUAAAAUAGAGCAAGCAUCCCCUUAGGCUCUUAAUUGUUGUUUAAAUUCCAGUACUGCCUACUCGAGAUCCAAAAGUUCUGUUUUUUGAAAAAUUUGUAUUGUGUUCAAUAUUUGAAAUUUGGGGUUGUUGCAUAAAUGAUUAUGGAAUAACAUUUGGUUUUAAAAUAUAUAAACUGACAUGUUAUGCCACCUGUUAAAGAAUUUGGUUUUCAGUUUUAAUUAUAUGAAGCUGGUAACAAUCGUUUUCAUUGUAAAAUAUUUUUCACUAAACAGUAUGUUUAAAACU